AUGAUUCGCCUACGCCGCUAUCGACUAUUCCUCCUUGUGGCUCUGCUGGCGGCUGUCACUGUCUAUCAGCUAACCCGAAUGCACCGCUGGAAUGGCUCAGCCUUGGAGGGCUGGGUCGGAUUCAAACCCAAUGCAGACCAGGCCACCACCCCCGACUCGCAUUCACUACCGGAUCCAGCCCUGCCUGAUCCCCUUCCAGAGAAUCAAGCACGACCGGCUCCAGACUCAACGCCUCCUCCUGCUCUGUCCGUUGAAUCCCACUCGGCGAUUGUUCCCGGCUCCUCAGAAACGACCUCGACGCUAUCUUCCUCUUCCCCCGCCCCCGACUCGGAACCCACCAUAACAGGAGACGAGCUCCUGACGAAACAGCCGAAUUUUGAGGAGGAUUUUGGCGAACAUGGUCAAGGUCGCUAUGAGGUCCAUCCUCGGCCAUCUGACCAGCCCAGAGCAUACUGGAAACAACCGGAGGAACACUUCCCUGUCCCGUCACAGAGCUUGAUACCUUUGCCCACCGGAGAACCGAAUGUUCUUCCUCGGAUCCAGCACCGGUUUGGACGCGAGACAUCAUCGAAGAAGGCCGAUCGGUUGCGCAGACAGGCGGCAGUUCGUGAAUCGUUCAAACACGCGUGGAAUGGAUACAAAAACCACUCGCUUCCUCAUGACGAGCUCAAACCCAUCUCCAAAGGGUCCGCAGACCCGUUUAAUGGCUGGGGGGCAACGCUGGUGGACUCUCUCGAUAGUCUCUGGAUCAUGGGAUUACACGACGAGUUUGAUGAAGCUGUCCGUGUGGCUGGCAAGAUCGAUUUCAAAACAUCCUCUAGGAAAGAUAUCCCCUUGUUUGAAACAACCAUUCGGUAUCUCGGCGGACUGAUUGCUGCAUACGAUCUCAGCUCCGGCAAGUAUCCGGUCUUGCUGAACAAGGCUGUUGAACUCGCCGACAUUCUCAUGGGCGCCUUCGACACGCCGAACAGGAUGCCUGUCACGUACUAUAACUGGGCACCGUCAUAUACUUCACAGCCGCAUAGAGCUGGUGCACACACGGUCCUGGCCGAGUUGGGAUCCCUUUCCGUCGAAUUUACUCGACUGGCGCAGAUCACCCGGGAAGACAGAUACUACGAUGCGGUGGCACGUAUUACUAAUGCUCUCCAAGAAUGGCAGACGAACACCACCAUUCCGGGGCUUUGGCCUUUAAAGCUUGAUGCUUCUGGGUGUCGGAAGCCUGAGGUCUUUCUCAACGCGGCUGGUUCUGAACAAUCCCUUCCGGCACUAUUUGAGGGCACCCACGAUGACGCGAAGGGGAUUGAAACGGCUGCUGAUGUGGCCAAAACUGGGCCAGCUUCGAGGUUAAUGGUGAAACGACAAGAUGAAGCCGCUGACCCAGGGAGAGAGAGCGUUCCCAAUAAAGAGGUUGUAGACGACCUCGGUGGAAGAGUGGUGCCAGUGUCCAAUGAUGGAUGGGAAGGCGAUUACGGCAGCGUUGAUUGCGAAUCCCAAGGCUUGAGCACCGAACCUCAUUCCACCACUCACACCUACGGGAUUGGUGCUAUGGCGGAUUCGACCUACGAGUAUUUGCCGAAAGAAUAUGCACUUCUGGGGGGCUUGAACACACAGUACAAGUCUAUGUACCUGGAUUCAAUGGCCGUGAUUCGUGAGCAACUACUCUACCGACCCAUGACUAAAGAGAAUCACGACAUUCUCUUCUUGGCGAAGCAAAGCGUGUCUCCUAGAUCGACAACGGAGACCAACAAGAAAGUGAGCACGUAUGAGGGCACACAUCUGGGAUGUUUUGCAGGUGGGAUGUUUGCGCUGGGUGCCCAAGUGUUUGGCAUUCCCGAAGACAUGAACAUUGCCGAGAAGCUCACCGAGGGCUGUGUCUGGGCGUACGGCUCAACCCCUGUGGGAAUCAUGCCGGAAUCCUUUGAGCUGGUGCCCUGCGACAGUCUUACUUCUUGUACUUGGGACGAAACAAAAUGGCACGAGGCCUUGGAUCCACGUCGGGAAGAGAGGCUGCGGGCGGUGGAGGCCUACAACAAGGAACAGCAAAGGCUACAGGAGGAGGCCAAUUCCAGCGCCGAGGAUGCUGCGGAGGUUGCCGCCGAGGAUGCCGCGGAUGAUGCUGAACCGGUGCCUGAACCGGUGCCUCCGGUCUCUGCUCCGUUCAUUCCCAGGGUGCCAUUGUCACACGAAAAGUACGUGGCGGCCAGAAUUCAAGAAGAACGACUACCCCCUGGAUACACGGCAAUCGGCGGACGUGAUUAUCGCCUUCGGCCUGAGGCCAUCGAGUCUGUUUUCAUUAUGUAUCGCAUUACUGGCGACGAGAGUUGGAGGGAAAAAGGCUGGGCGAUGUUCGAUGCAGUCGAUAAAGCGACGAAAACCGAGACGGCCAACGCCGCCAUCCACGACGUGACUAGCCAACUGAUGGAGCAGGAUGAUACCAUGGAGUCUUUCUGGCUGGCCGAGACGUUGAAAUAUUACUAUCUGUUGUUCAGCGAGCCGGAUCUAAUCAGUCUGGAUGACUAUGUUUUGUGA